AACCUCUAGCGGACACACACACUUACCCACACGCCCCAAAAUAAAGAAGUAACAAACAGAAACCUUCGUCCCUUUGCUACCUCCAGUGUGACAGUAGCUCGCUCUGGCUGUCUUCUUUCUGGGCCUUCGCUGAUUUGAGGGCCCCCGCUUGAUAAGGUGUGCGAGUUAGAUUUUUGGUUUCGUUUGGUAAGAGGAAAUUUAGCAGAGUUGAGCAAUGGUACGAGGACAGUUUUGAAAGCCCUUGAGAAAGCAUCAGAGUCGCAGAUUGUGUGUCAACCGGCGAAGAAUCCAUGCUGCAUCCGUACAGAAUGGAGGGGUACAUCAUCCCACCCAGAGAAGAGAAUAGAGACAGAGUAACCUGGACUGGCUGGAUGUCACAUACACCAUCCGUACAAAAAGAUUACUGGGCAGUUUUUACUAAAGAUCAGCAAACAGAGGAAAUGUUUGAAUCAGAGAUGUAUCGACCACCAAUGGAUUAUCCAUACAUCAUUGAUGAGGGUCAAAAUGAUCACACUUGGGAUUAUAAUACACAUCACAUCCAUCCGGUGGAUUUUGAGAACCUUCCAGAUAGCCAUUUCACAGAGCUACAGAGUGUGCAGCCACUACAUGUAACAAAUGUGCAUCGCUUCACAGAUGUAGAGCCUGGCCAUUUUAUCGAUCCAGGCUUAAAUGGGCAUCACCUCCCCCUGGCCCCUCCACAGAUGGCGUAUUUGCCCCGGGCAUCAGUGUGUUACACUCACAGUGUACAGCCUUCUCCUCUCCAGCGCAGCUCGGAUGAUGAUGACCCCGGCAGCCGCAGUCCUCCUUUAGAAGUGUCUGAUGAGGAGUGUAUGAGAGACCACAUUUCUUCAACAACAGGGGGAGAACAUGGUACCAAGAAGAAAAUUCGCUUGUAUCAGUUCCUGCUGGAUCUUCUGCGAAAUGGUGACAUGAAGGAAAGCAUUUGGUGGAUGGACAGAGAAAGGGGAACAUUCCAAUUCUCCUCAAAGCACAAAGAAGCUUUAGCACACCGUUGGGGUGUACAGAAGGGAAACCGCAAGAAAAUGACCUACCAGAAGAUGGCAAGAGCGCUGAGAAACUACGGCAAAACGGGAGAAGUCAAAAAGAUCAAGAAAAAACUUACCUACCAGUUCAGUGGGGAGGUUCUUGGGAAGAGCCAUACAGAACGGAAGACUUACAUGUAAGCACAUGGGUAAGGGGAGAGAGAGGAAGACAAAACUGAGAGAAAACCAGACAAAAAGAGCAAUUGACUAUACGGUUUAAAUCUUAAAUUUCCAUUCCUUUUUUAUUAUUCACCUUUGCAUUAAUCAUUAAACUAUAAGUAUUGGUAAACCAUUUAAUUGCUUUUGUGCUGCAGACACAUGAUCUGUAUAGUGUACAUACUGUAUUUACAAGGAAAUAAAAAGAGCAAAUAGAA